AUGAAACCGCACACGAGAGCCACAGCCUCGCGGUUUAUCACACUAGAGACAGUAGCCCCUGUGAACUCGCAAAUCAAUACCCUGCUAAGCGCCGCCCCCAACGCACGGAUGGCCCUCUAUGCUAUAAAAUCCCUCUUCUGUUGGCUGCUCGCCACUGCAGUCAUAGUGCAUGCGAAUGGUACUCCUUGGACAGUGAUAUGGUCUGAUCAAACCUAUGGUCCAGAUGGCCCGUGGCAUGCAGUGUCAGUUGAGUUGGGAUCGAAUCAACAGCCAGUUGAUCUCUACCCCGGCGACCGUUGGGCUAGUACCAUUCUUAUCGACAGCGUCUGCUCAGACAACUCCUCAAUCCCUUGUUAUGCAGGACGAGCUGGUCUCUUCAACAUUAGCGCUUCGACAUCUGCCAUCACCUUAGACACGCCAACUGACACAAACCAGAUAAAAUGGCUGUCCGAUCAAAGCAGUGCCGGCGUGAAUAAAUGGGGUGGCACUGGGCAUGUCAAAGAAGGGCUUCUUGCCGACACGCUCAAGCUGCAGAGUGGAGCUACUGUGCCCAACGUCUCCAUGACGGCUAUCUACGAUGCCUAUGAAACAUAUCCGAAUGGACAGAGCUAUCCUGUUUCUGUCGGGAUCUUGUCGCUGGGAGCCACGAAGCCAAUCCACGUAGUUGAUGGAUACGAAUUCAAUUUGCUCACUGCUUGGGAAUACUGGAACGACUCUUCGUCUGAUCCCAUUCCCUCAUACUCGUGGGGGAUGCAUAUUGGGUCUGUGGAUCCUGACAUUCCAGGCUCGCUUAUGCUUGGCGGGUAUGAUCAGAGCCGAGUGCUGGACCAAGUAAGCUCUCAACAGGUCGAUUCCACGAACAAUAUCGGCCCUCUCAAGAUUUAUCUCGAAGACAUCGGGAUGGGAGUUGCCACUGGGGACUCGCCAUUUGACUUCAAGAAUAAAUCCGAGCUGCUCAAAUGGGGAGGCAGCACCACCAGCAGGGGCAAAACAGUGGAGAUCGAUCCUACGCUUCCAUAUCUUUAUCUCCCCAGGGAUACGUGCGAUGCGAUGGCAGCGGAGCUCCCGGUCACAUUUAACGAGGGUCUGGGUCUAUACUUCUGGAACACAGACGACGACAGCUACCAGAAAAUAACCUCCUCUCCGGCAUAUAUGUCCUUCACAUUUGAGAAGGACUCGACGAACACCCAAAAUAUCACCAUCAAAGUUCCUUUCCAACUUCUGAAGCUCACGCUUCAAGAGCCACUAGUGGAGCACAACACAACUUACUUCCCAUGCUAUCCUUCUGACUCCUUCGUCCUCGGCAGAGCUUUUCUUCAGGCAGCCUUCAUUGGAACAAACUGGCAAGAAGGAACCGGAGGCGGUUACUGGUUUUUGGCUCAAGCACCUGGGCCAGCGAUCGGAUCCGGUGUUCAGCGGAGCAUUGGGGUCAGUGACACCUCAAUCAAGGCUUCAACCAAUUCAUGGGAAGACAGCUGGAACGGGUACUGGGUACCUCUUUCAUUGGAGAACUCUAGCUCGGGUCUUUCGACUGGCGCAAAAGCUGGCAUUGGCGUUGGAUGUGCUAUUGGUGGCCUGGGAUUGAUUGGGAUACUUGCUUGGCCAAUCAUCUCUCGUCAAAAGCGAACAGAAAAAUCUAACCCAGGUACCGUGGAUCAAUAUUGCAUUGCGCCAACAUCUGCAGACGGGACGAAGCCACUUCAACUAACUGAGUUGAACGCUCAUCAUGUAACUGAGCUUCAGUCAGACAAGGAUAUUCACGAGCACCUUGACUUCUCCGCUACUGUGGUUGGAUCAGUUGGGACCGGCACAAGUGCUACCUACAGCUAUAAGUACGGUGCCUAUCUCUACUAUAAUCUAGGCUAUGGAGGAUUUGCCAACAUUCUCGGUGAUACCUGGAACUGGCAUUUCACACCAGUCUUCCUCUACGGCACCCCGGGUCAGAACUACAACUUCAAGCGCAAUGUCACCGUGGCGCUCGCGUACGCUACGAGUCUUUCCGAUACACCCGAUCAAUGGGGCAAGAUGGCGCUCAGCUUUGGAAAGAGGCCAGGAUACUCCAAGUGCAAGGUCAACUUCGUUGGCAGUACAUUUACUGACCAAGCAACUCCCCCGAGAUGGAGCAAACGAGACCAGGAGAAGCCGAUGGGAGCGAAUGAUGGAUGGGAGAUUGAAAGUAUUGAGAUGGAUCCGGAUCCAGAUGCGUGGUGGCCUCUGCCGGAAGAUGUGGACUGGGAGGGUAUGAUGGACGUGGGUGAUAACAAAGUUUGA